AUGUCUACCCCUCAGAUCUGCCGUCUCCGCAGAAGUGCCCUGCCUUCCACCCCCAACAAUUUCUUCACCUCCUCCCCUCUUCCUCGCCACGCCCCCUCCAAAUCCAAGCAAAUCCGAAUUCCCCAACGAUUCUUCUCCUCCACGCAUCCUCUCACUUCGACCCCCAAGCCACCCACUCCCAUAUCCGCGACUUCCUUCUCAUCUUCCCGUUCCCGUCUGCAGAAUCGUAUGCAAACACUGCAAUCCCGAUUGCCUAAAUUUCUACAUCCCUAUACAGCUCCAUUGCUCAAUGCGCCAAAGACAUAUAUCAUUUCUUUCUUAAUUCUGCAUGAGAUUACUGCUAUAGUACCUAUUCUGCUUCUCGCGAGCGGGUUUCAUUAUUCGGGAUGGUUGCCUUCUGAUUUGAUACCCGAGGAGAGAGUUGACAAAGCGAAAGGGAUGUUCGAGAGGUGGUUUGGGAGGAGAGGCUGGUUUGGUUAUACUGCGGGGUCUAGGUCGGAUGAGAUUGAUGAGAGGGAUGGGGGAGAGAAUGUGGAGCUGGGUGAAAGAAUGAUUAGGAAAAUGGGAGGAGAUAGUAAUACGAGUGGGAAGAGGAUAGUACUAGAAGUUGCGACGGCAUAUGUGAUUACAAAGGUUUUGUUACCCGUAAGAAUAGUGGUUUCUGUUUGGGGUGCGCCUUGGUUUGCAGGCGUUAUGGGGAGGAUUGGGAGGCUAGGAAGGGGAGGGGGGAAAUGA